CGGCGCCUUUCGCGCGGUUUUCCGCCGCGCUUCGAGAAUGUGACACGCCACGCCCGUGACGCGGUUGCUGGCGGACGCGCCGCCUGCUGGACGGCGACACCCUUCUGGACUUGGAGGUCCACGGCUGUGCAGCGACACGGCCUCGGACACGGCCUCGGGGAUGGCGGCGCGGGUCGUGCUGUGCCUGCUGCUGCUGGCCUGGCCCUGCCGCGGCCAGUACGAACCGCCAGAGGAGGCCGAGGAGGAGCAGGCGCUGCCAGACACGAUGCACAUCGGGGGGCUGUUCGGGCCGGACGAGUGGCAGGACAUCCUGGCCUUCCGCUCCGCCAUCGAGCGCGUCAACAUGGACAAGCGCGUGCUGCCGCACGUCAAGCUGGUGCCGGUCGUCGAGGUGCUCAACCCCGUGGACGGCUUCGCGGUCAGCAGGAAGGUGUGCGGCAUGGUGGCCAACGGCGUGUCGGCGCUCUUCGGGCCGAGCCACAGGGACCUGAUUAACAUCGUGUCGUCCAUCAGCGAGACCCUCGAGAUCCCGCACAUCCUGACGCACUACACGUCGCUGCGGCGCCCCACCAAGCUGCGCGUCAACGUCGCCCCGGACCGGCAGAGCAUAUCGCAGGCCAUCGUGGCGCUGCUCGAGGACAUGGCGUGGAAGAGCUUCACCAUCAUCUACGAGGACGACGAGGCCCUGUUCCGGCUGCAGGAGGUGCUCAAGGCCCACGGGCCGGCCGACGCGCCCAUCACAGUGCGCCGCCUGGGGGACGACCCCGACUACAGGCCGCUGCUCAAGGAGAUCCGCAACAGCACGGAGACGCGCAUCGUCCUGGACGUGGCGCCCGACAAGAUCAUGGAGAUCUUCCGGCAGGCGCGCCAGGUCAAGAUGAUGGGCGACUACAUCAGCUACCUCGUCACCUCCCUGGACGCGCACACGGCCGACUUCGGCGAGUUCGGGGAGUGGAAGCAGGAGCUGCCCUUCGUGUCCAACGUGACGGGGCUGCGGCUGCUGGACCCGGACGGCGGCGAGGUGCAGAACGCCCUGCAGGACUGGCUGUACAGCGAGCGGCUGCGCGGCAACACCAUCAGCCUGGCCGCCGCGGAGAUCAAGACCUCCGCGGCACUCAUCAACGACGCCGUGCACAUGUUCGCGCGGUCGCUGCACCAGCUCAACCAGACCGAGCCGCCGGUCUUCGAGCGCCAGCUGUCCUGCGACGUGGCCCAGAUCUGGGAGCACGGCGAGCGCAUCGUCACCUUCAUGAAGUCCGUGUACGGCAACCCGGACACGGACGAGGUGGGCAUGACGGGGCCGCUGUCGCUGGACGCGGACGCCGACUUCCGGCGCACCAACUUCUCGCUCACGCUCAUCGACACGGUGGCCAACGUGGGCACGGGCGUCUGGAACAUGUCCGGCAUCCACCUGUUCCGCUCCGUCGAGGAGAUGGAGCGCGACACCAAGGAGCAGCUCUCCAAGAGGACGCUGCGCGUCGUGUCCAAACUGGGCCCGCCCUUCCUGAUGAUGAAGAACAAGGACAACUACACUGCGGGCUGCGGCAACGAGUGCCUGCGCGGCUACUCCGUGGACCUGGUGGAGGCCAUCUCCCAGAUCCUCAACUUCAAGUACGAGUUCUACGUGGUGGCGGACGGCCAGUACGGCAGCCUCAAGAACGGCGCCUGGAACGGGCUCAUCAAGGACCUCCUGGACAGGAAAGCUGACCUGGGCCUGUGCGACCUCACCAUCACCUACGACCGCGAGCGCGCCGUGGACUUCACCAUGCCCUUCAUGACGCUGGGCAUCUCCAUCCUGCACACCAUCCCCGAGGCCCCCGAGACGAACCGCUUCUCCUUCCUGCUGCCCCUGUCCACGGAGGUGUGGAUCUACAUGGCCUUCGCCUACGUGGCCGUGUCCUUCCUGCUCUUCGUCCUGGCCAGGCUUUCCCCCACCGAGUGGGACAACCCGCACCCGUGCGAACCGAGCCCCGAGGAGCUGGAGAACACGUUCACGCUCAUCAACAGUUUGUGGUUCGUCUUGGGCUCCUUCUUGCAGCAGGGGUGCGACUUCCUGCCCAAGGUGACGCCCGGCGAGUGGGAAAGUACGACGCCGAGCGAGGAACAGACCUCGGAGACCAUCCUGGAGUACACGCUGAACCUGUCGAACGCCAUCUGGCACAACGUCGGCUCCCUCAUGCAGCAGGGCUCCGACAUCGCACCGAAGGCCGCGUCCACGCGCAUGGUGGCGGGCAUGUGGUGGUUCUUCGUGCUCAUCAUGAUCUCGUCCUACACGGCCAACCUGGCGGCCUUCCUCACGGACAACCUGGGCAGCGACCUCAUCAAGGACGCCAAGGACCUGGCGACGCAGACCAAGGUCCAGUACGGCUGCGUGUACGGCGGCUCCACGCAGUCCUUCUUCGCGAACUCCAACUUCUCCGACUACCAGCGCAUGUGGGACUACAUGCAGAACGCGCGGCCGUCCGUGUUCCCCGCCAACAACAUGGAGGGCGUGGAGCGCGUGACCAAGGGCAAGGGCCAGUACGCCUUCCUCAUGGAGUCCACUAGCAUCGAGUACCAGUCGGCCAGGAUCUGCAACCUGCGCCAAGUGGGCGGCCUGCUGGACUCCAAGGGCUACGGCAUCGCCAUGCCGAGGAACUCGCCGUUCCGCGGCGUCAUCUCCGGGGCGGUGCUGCGGCUGCAGGAGUCCGGCAAGCUGAGCCAGCUCAAGGACCUGUGGUGGCGGCAGUACGACGACGGCAGCCGGUGCGCCAGCGAGGCCGCGCCCGCCAGCUCGGUGGACAGCAACAAGCUGGGCCUGGCCAACGUGGGCGGCGUCUUCCUCGUGCUCAUCUACGGCUGCGCCGCCGCCUUCGUCAUGGCCAUCAUCGAGUUCCUCUGGAACUCGCGCAGCGUUGCCAUCGAGAACAGGAUCAGCGUGUCCGACGCCUUCUGGAAGGAGCUCAAGUUCGCCAUCAACUUCUCGGUGUCCACCAAGCCGGUGAAGCACAAGACGCCCACGCCCAGCACGGCGGCCAGCCGGAGCGUCCGGAGCAGCAGGAGCGGCAGCGCCACGCCCUCCAUGGCCAGGUCCGCGCGCUAGAGCACCAACAUCUCCUCCAGGGGCUCCUUGGUGCCGCCGUGCUGACGUCAUUGGUGACGUCAUUGGCGACGUCAUUGGUGACGUCAUUGGCGACGUCAUUGGUGACGUCAUUGGUGACCUCACUGGUGACGUCACGUCGCUGAGACGACCCGCCGCCUUCUUUGUGUUCGAGAAACUCGCGCCCUCUAGAGAAUUAGACUAAGCAUUUACUUUUGUGAAUCACAGCUGUAAACGGGAUCUCAUUUCUGUAAUAAAACCCAGAGAGUAAACAACAAAAACCUCACUACC